UGUAGGAGCUAUAUGCUGGCCAUAUUGGUCACACGCAAACUGUUCAGUGGAAAGUUCAAGAGUCACCAAGCCAGUGUCAAAGAUGUGGCUGCCAAAACUAAAAUGUCGAUGACUCGCGAGCCUUAACGGCGCCACAAAGCCAACCGCCUUCCAAGAUGCCUAUAAAUUUCCUGGCCCAAUUCCACUGUUUUCCCUUCUUCCUCUCAGACUCUCACACCAGACAACAACAAUGACCUGCCUCAACAGCGAGAUAAGCCUCACCGAACGAUUACCUUCUCCAUCAAAACAAGAAGAAUAAUCCUAGGAAGACACCCGUGAUCGACCAGACACAAUGGCCGUCCAGCCCAAGUCUAAGAUCACCGUCGCCGGUACUCGCGCCCAGGUCCAAGCACUCCUCGCCCACUCCAUCUCCCCUGACAACAAGCGCAACUUCCUUGAGACGGUCGAGUUGCAAUUCGGCCUCACCAACUACGACCCCGCCCGCGACAAGCGCUUCUCCGGCUCUGUCAAGCUUCCCUCGGCGACCAGAACGACCUCGGUCGUGCUAAGCACCAGGGCCUGGAUAGCAUGUCGUUUGACAACCUCAAGAAGCUGAACAAGAACAAGAGGCUCAUCAAGAAGCUAGCGCGCUAGUACGAUGCGUUUGUCUGCUCAGAUAUCAAGGUUCGGGAGAUCCCCAGGGUUUUGGGACCGGGCUUGUCAAAGGUUCCCUACAACGGUCUCACACAGCGAGGACCUCGCGAAGAAGAUAAUCAACGUCAAGUCCACCAUCAGCUUCAGGCUGCGCAAGAACCUCUGCAUUGCCAUGGCCAUUGGUAAUGUGGACAUGACCACGGAGCAGUUGGUGGCCAACAUCAUGAUCACCAUCAACUACCUGGUGUCAUGCCUCAAGAAGGGAUGGUCCAACGUCAACAGCACUGUCAUCAAAGUCGACCAUGUCGCGUCCUCGUUAUCUUUUCUAAGACAAUCAUUUUGCGGCUGCGCUUCUACAUUUUGA